AUGAUCUUCAUAGUUAAGGCCUCGGAUGCCAUCGCUCAUGUCUGGAAGGGGAACAGAAUGGCUAGUGAAGAAAUGACAAGGGUAACUGCGGCCGGGCACUACGCUAUUCUGUCGAGUUGCUGGUAUCUCGACCUGAUCCAAUACGGAGUCGACUGGACAACCUACUACGAUUGUGAUCCUACUGACUUCCCUGGUACCGAUCAGCAGAAGGCACGCGUUUUGGGAGGCGAAGCUGCUCUAUGGGGAGAAUACGUGGACGGGACAAAUUUCAUGACUCGCAUGUGGCCCCGUGCGUCUGCCGUGGCUGAACGACUGUGGUCAGAUCCGGCACAGACGAAAUCACACGAUGAUGCAUGGCCACGUCUUCAUGAGUUCCGAUGCAGAAUGAUGAACCGAGGAUUUGCUGCCGCACCGCCAAAUUAUCCCUGA